GCCGGUAGCCGCCUGAGGGCAGCGGGGCGAGCUGAGCGGGCCUUCUUGCGCAUCCCUCGAGCCACCUCGCGUUCGCGGCACCCGGCGGCGGCGGGCCGCGGAGCCGGCGCGGCCAUGGCGACGGGCACUCAGCAGAAGGAGAACACGCUGCUUCACCUCUUCGCCGGCGGGUGUGGGGGCACGGUUGGUGCUAUUUUCACUUGUCCACUAGAAGUCAUUAAGACACGGUUGCAGUCUUCAAGAUUAGCUCUUCGGACAGUCUACUAUCCUCAGGUUCAUCUGGGGACCAUUAGUGGAGCUGGGGUGGUGAGACCAACAUCUGUGACACCUGGACUCUUCCAAGUUCUGAAGUCAAUCUUGGAGAAGGAGGGACCAAAGUCACUUUUUAGAGGCUUGGGUCCAAAUUUGGUUGGAGUUGCGCCAUCAAGGGCUGUGUACUUUGCGUGUUACUCCAAAGCCAAAGAGCAGUUCAAUGGCAUUUUUGUGCCUAACAGCAACCUUGUGCACAUUCUCUCAGCUGGCUCCGCAGCUUUUGUCACAAAUACCUUAAUGAAUCCUAUAUGGAUGGUUAAAACCCGGAUGCAGCUAGAACGGAAAGUGAGAGGCUGCAAGCAGACGAACACGCUGCAGUGCGCGCGCCAUGUUUACCAGACCGAAGGCAUCCGUGGCUUCUACAGGGGAUUAACGGCCUCGUACGCUGGAAUUUCCGAAACGAUCAUCUGUUUUGCUAUUUAUGAAAGUUUGAAGAAGUAUCUGAAAGAAGCUCCACUCGCCGCCUCCACAAAUGGGACUGAGAAAAAUUCCACAAGUUUCUUUGGACUUAUGGCAGCUGCUGCGAUUUCUAAGGGGUGUGCUUCUUGCAUCGCUUAUCCACAUGAAGUCAUAAGGACACGGCUCCGGGAGGAAGGCACCAAGUACAAGUCUUUUGUGCAGACCGCUCGGCUGGUCUUCCGGGAAGAAGGUUACCUUGCCUUUUACAGAGGACUCUUUGCUCAGCUCAUCCGGCAGAUACCAAAUACUGCCAUUGUGUUGUCUACCUACGAGUUAAUUGUGUACCUGUUAGAAGACCGUACCCAGUAACAGGCCAGAAAAUUGUGCUCUAGAAUAAAAUUGAAAAACUCUAGAGAAAUUUUUUUUUCCAUUGAUGUUUAGAGUGUUUGAGACUAAAAUAAACCAGGAAAGGCCAUAAAAUAUGUGGCCUGUAUCACCCGUUGGACAUUUCCUUUUGGAUUCAUGUUUUCUGGAAGGUUUAAAUUCAUUAACUUUAAUAGUUAAUUAUAACUUUUGUUUUUUUUAACUUAAGAGGAUUCAGGAUUAAGCAGCAGCUAAAUUAAAUCACGCUACUUAAUUUAAGUAUAAAUUUGGUUUGUGUCCUCUUUUAUGCUCACUGUGCUAUAAACUUCCUGUAUAUACUUCAGUGAAACAUGACCCUAGAAAUGCAGAGAAAACCCGCAAAAUCAAAAUACAACUUGUUGUCUCAUCUGACACUGCACUGCUGAACAGGUAAGAUGUGUCACAUUUUGGUGGCACUGGGUGGACCAGGAAAGACUUCUAGCCAUUUUUCUUAUCUGUACAUUUCCAAGUCUCAUGCAAGUUAAAAAUUUAAGCCUUCAGGCUGCUGAGUUUAAAAAGUACAACUUUCUGAUGCUAAAUAUUUUGAACUGUAAACAUUUUUCUAAAGUUAUCUUUUGUUCCAAGUUUGAACCAAAGACAGGAGUUUUAAUGAAAUGUUCAGUUGUCUUUUUUUUUUUUUUUUUUUUUAAGAUUUUGUUUAUUUAUUUGACAGAG